AUGGCGUCCUACGACCUCAAACAACUGCCGCCUGCUCGGUCGUAUGAAUUCGAGGAAAGGUCAUCAUUUCACAAUGCAGACGAUGUCCACCUAACUCGCUUGGGAAAAAGGCCUGUUUUGAAGAGAAACUUUGGGUUGAUGUCAAUGCUGGGAUUCAGCUGCACAAUUCUGAUCACAUGGGAGUCUGUGACUACCGGCGGUCCAGCUGGCAGUGUGUACGGUUAUAUUUUGGUCUGGAUUGGCGUUGCGGCGACAUUUGUCGUGAUGUCGGAGCUUGUCUCAAUGGCACCGACGUCCGGAGGGCAGUACCAUUGGUGUUCGAUGUUGGCACCCUCAUCUUCAAUGAAACUCUUUAGUUACAUUACCGGCUGGACGACAGUUGUCGGCUGGCAGGCGACAUACGCCUCUGUCUGUUACCUAGGUGGGAUGUAUAUCGAGACGAUUGCUAUGCUCACGCAUCCGUCUUACGAGCCUAAAAUAUGGCGUCAAGUCCUGAUCGGCUAUGCAAUUGCAUUCUUUGGCUUUGUACUGAACAUCGCUGGAGGAAAGGUAUUGCCGCGAUUCGAAGGGGCAAUCCUAAUUCUCCAUAUUCUGGGUUUCUUUGCGGUCCUAGUCCCAAUGGUCUAUCUAUCAAAUCACAACACAGCGGAACAAGUAUUUACUGAAUUUUUGAACGAAGGCCAGUGGCCCACCCAGGGCCUCUCAUUCUUUAUUGGGAUUAUCGGGCAUGUAUUUUCUUUUGCAGGUGGCGAUGCCGCAGUACAUUUGUCUGAAGAAAUAACCAACGCCACGGUUGCCGUACCCUGCUCUCUUAUGCUGACUGUGCUCAUCAACGGAGUCCUCGGAUUUAGCAUGCUUAUCGCCUUACUUUUCUCCGUCGAGAAUUACGAUGCGGCGCUUGCGGCUCGCGUACCGUUCUUGAGAAUCUUUCUUGAUGCUACGGGUUCCGUAGCUGGCACCACCGCUGCGGGCUGCAUUAUGGUCAUAAUGGGUACUUGCUCCUCAGCCGGUAUGUUGGCCUCUACCUCGCGUCAGUUCUGGUCCUUUGCUCGCGACCGAGGUAUCCCUGGAUGGCGAGUGUGGACUAAAGUCACUCCUCAUACGGCAAUCCCGACAUACGCUGUCAUUCUCACUGUUGUCAUCACCUGCCUCUUGAGUCUCAUUGGUAUUGGCUCCGACGUCGCAUUCAAUAAUCUGAUGUCUCUUUCCACGGCGGGUCUAUGCUUAUCAUAUCUAAUUACAGGAAGCCUUUUGCUCUGGAGACGCUGCACGGGCGGUAUUAGUGCUUCUAAGGAUGAGCACACCAUAAUCAAUACAGCAGGAGCCCAGCUUGUUUGGGGCCCUUUUCACGUUCCCGGUAUCUGGGGGAUUCUCAUCAAUAUCGUUGCCUUGAUCUAUUUGGUGGUCGCAAUCUUCUUCAGUUUCUGGCCGCCCAUGAACAAUGUAACAGUGGAAUCGAUGAACUACAGUUCUGUGGGCUUGGGUGGUGUAAUUUUCUUGAGUCUGAUAUAUUAUCUUGUGCGAGCCAGGAAGGUCUACAAAGGACCUAUCGUGGAGCUACACAUCGGUUGAAGUCUGUAUGUUACAUACAGGCAAUAAGACCAUGAUGAAAAUACUGAGUGAGCACUCUCUGGAUGAGGAAUCAAUAUGCAUGAUGUUGCUACUGUUGUGUCAUACCUCGCAUUCAUGGAAGUGGGACGAUUAUCGGGUCCUAAUAGUCAACCUUCC